AUGGCAUCAGGUCCUGUUGGUGGUGGAUUUGCUCGAAAUCGAUCACUUUUACGAUUUCUUUCGGUUGAUCCAGAAAUUUAUCCCUUAAUCGGAGUGCUUGCUACAAUUACUGGUAUUGCUGGUUAUAUGGCUGGUCGUAAAGCCACCUCCGUUAAUAAUGAAAAUAACGUUUUGAAAGCUACCCACGCAUAUCCUUGGCAACAUCAACAUGAUGGUGAAGGCAAUGAAAAGAAUGAUUACAAAUAUCGGUAUCAUCAGCAUGGUGAUCCUUCUCAACCAGCAUUUGAAGCUCCCAGCGCUGUUACAGAACAUAGAAUAAAAGUAACGGCUCCUAAGGAAGUAUUUAAAAAGAUUCCAAGUAUUAUGAUAGCUGAAGAAAAUUCUUCAUAA